AGACUGAAGAGCCCCAGAAUGAAGGUCCAUCUAUCCUGGAUCCCCCACUUGGCCGCCGGCUUGAUGACGGGCUGCUUGCUUAUGGGACAGACCCUGUUCUCCACCGGGAGGCGGUGUGUGGAACAGCUGAUGUCUGCCCUGGUCCAUGUGGUGACAGCAACCGGGAUGCCAUUCAGGCUCCUGUGGAUUGGGAGCAAGAGCGUUUGGAAGAGCCAACUAGUAGAAGAUUCGGAGAAGAAGGAAAGCAGCCCCAGCUUCAACCAGGGACCCCCAAAGACCCUCGGCAUGUCAGCGGACGUCAAGAUGGAGGCGCCCCAAGGGCUGGUGCCUGGUAUUACUUCCUGGCUGAUACAGUCAUCCUAUUCCAACACAGCGCCCGAUUGAAAGGCGGAGAGGACCUCUCGUUGCCUGGGGAAGAGGUGGUGAGGGAGGAGCAGAGGAAGAACACAUCUGGCCAGUGUCUCGGAACAUCUGGGGGCCCUCUGGGCCAGCACGCAGCCCUGGGCUACAGCCAGAACGAGAUGGCUUCCACCUGCACCAACCCUGUUAUCCUGUCAAUGAUCUGCCCGCCCGUGGAUCAGAGCGGCCAGGAAUCCGACUGGUCCACGGAGCUAGAGGAAGAGGAGGAAGAGGAGGAGGGCGAAGGGUCUCUGGAGUGGCUCGGGGAGAACGAGGGGGCUUUGCUCAGUGACUGGUCCACCGAUUGGGAAGACUCGGACGGCGAUGAUGAUGAGGAGAUCAGCUGUGAAGCUGAUGAUCUCUGGGAGUCUUUCUUCGUCUCUGACGACCCUUACAAUCCCCUGAAUUUCUCGGCCCGCGCCGGGCCCCCACCCCAGAGGACACCGAACAUGGCAGACACCGAGACCCCAGCCAAGGGGGAGAAAAUCCCCUCUGUGGAGGGCGAGACCACAGCCCGAGAGAAGACCGAGAGAAACACGCUGUGCCACUCACUUUCUUCAAGCAGCGAUUCCAAUAAGGAGACAGACUUUUCCGCUGGCCCCAACAGAAUUCCGGGGUCGGGAUUGGGAUCCGUGUUGAGAUCGAGCCAUGAGGGGCUUUGGGAGGAAGGUCUAGAAGAGAAGGAAGGAAGCGACUGGGAUUUUCCUUCGGGACGGUUGGAAGAAGACUGUCCUGCGGAGAUCCGAGAAGCUUUUGCGGCCACAGAGCAACAGGACAGCGACGGGAAGAAGCCAAAAUCCAUCAAAAAGGUCCGUUUUUCUCCAAAUGUCGAACUCCAUCGGAUGAUCACCUGGUCCUUCGCCUAUCGGGCCGCCCGCAAAGGUCCCUGGGAGGAGUGUGGCCGAGACCGGUGCAGAUUUCAGCGGCGGAUCGCGGAGACAGAGACCAUCAUCGGACGGUGCUUCGAGCAGAAGCACAGAGACGCUGUGUGGGCAGAGCUUUAUGCGGAAUAAAUGAUUCAAAAAAAAAAAAA